AUGGAUAAAGAAAUAGCGACAAGGACCAUUGUCAGAGAAGAAGCAGCUAUGAUUGCCAACAACAGGACUGAUGGGGCGGCGCAUCGACGUGUUCCCAAACGAAUACCACGAAAUCUUUUACUAGUCUGGCUUGAUGCCAAUAUUGAUGAGGCAGAAAAAGAUUAUAAAGAAUCGUUAGAAGCAUUACGACAUAUAGAAACAAUUGAACCAUUCACGGACAGUGAACAAUGUGUGAAUUUCUUAAAUGAAUUAAAAGAAGAAAAGGUGUUGAUGAUUGUAGCUGGCUAUAUAGGUAAAAAUGUAAUCCAGCAAAUUCAAGGAUGGCCACAAUUGUACUCAGUUUAUGUCUUCUGUCGUAACCAAUCCGUACAUGAUCGAUGGGCCAGAAAUAUACCGAAGGUCAAAGGUGUUUACACACAAAUGAAAGAGCUUUGCGAAGCAUUAAAAAUGGAUCGUGAACGAUAUGAUCGAGACACAAUCUCGAUUAGUUUCAAUGGUCUUGAUCCAUCCUUUAUGUACACCCAAUUACUAAAGGAAUCUCUCUUGCAAAUUGAUGAUGAUGAUGCUAAAUCGAUUCACGACCUUGUCACAUAUUGCCGAGAUCGGCGUGACAUUGAUGAAGCUGAAAUCAAGCUGAUUGAAUGUGAGUAUCGGGAUCACUCACCAAUUUGGUGGUAUACAAGAGAGUCUUUUAUCUAUCGCGAACUAAAUCUUGGGUUACGACGAGUGGAUAUCGAUAUAAUACACAAAUUCGGCUUUUUCAUACGUGAUUUACACAAAAGUAUUGAAAAAUUACACGACGAACAACAGAACUCAAGUCGUAGUAAAUUUCAAGUCUUCCGAGGACAACGUUUGUCCAUGGAAUCCUUCGAAAAACUGAAGAAAACGAAAGGAAGCUUCAUGUCCUUCAAUAAUUUUUUGUCAACCAGUCAAAAUCGGGAGGUAUCAUUGGAAUUCACAAAACGUGCUAUAGAUGAUUCUACUGUAGUUGGAAUUCUCUUUGUCAUAGAUAUUGACCCAGAUAUUUGUGCGAAAUCAUUGACACCUUUUGUCCGCGUUACUCAAGGCGUCGGUCAUUUCGGUGCUACGGAAGAAGAAAUUUUAUUUUCCACACAUACGAUUUUUCGCAUCGAGAACAUUCAAAAAAUGGAUGCCAACAAUCGGCUUUGGGAAGUCAAACUCACUCUUGUUGGUAGCCAAGAUGAUGAUUUUAGUAGACUGACAGCGAGUAUACGUGACGAGGUUAAUUCAAAAGCGAGUACAGGAUGGUCCUUAUUUGGUUUGAUCUUACUCAAGCUUGGCGAAGCAGAUAAGGCAGAGCAACUGUACAAUGUUCUCCUCGGUAAUGCCUCUACUCACAAACAAAUAGCCGAGUAUAAUUUUUAUCUCGGAUGGGCUAAUUACCAAAUGGGUAAAUAUUCAGCAGCCCUUGAAUAUUACGAAAAAUCACGAAAAAUUCGAGAAGAAAAUAUAACUAAGGAUCAUGUGGAAGUGUCUAGAUGUUAUAACGCCAUCGGCAUAGUGCACCAGGCUUCAGGCGAGUACUCGGAAGCGUUUUCAUCGUAUGAGGAAGCGCUAAAAAUACAGAUAAUAGCUCUUCCUCCUAAUCAUCCGUCCUUGGCUGCUACUUAUAACAAUAUUGGUAAUGUGUAUCAAAACAUGGGCAAGUACUCAGAUGCUCUUUCAUCACAUCACAAAGCGCUCGAAAUCCGAAAAAUAGCUCUACCUGGAUAUCAUCCCGAUUUGGCUGCUUCUUACAACAACAUCGGUAUGGUGCAUCAGGCUAUGAGUGACUACUCGAAAGCUCUUUCAUCAUAUGAGCAAGCACUAAAAAUCCAGAUAAUAGUUCUUCCUCCUAAUCAUCUGUCCUUGGCUACUACUCAUAACAAUAUUGGUAAUGUGUAUCAAGACAUGGAUAACUACCAGAAAGCUCUCUCCUCACAUGAAAAAGCACUUCAAAUCCGAAAAACAGCUCUACCUCCGGAGCAUCCCGAUUUGGCUUCCUCCCACAACAACAUCGGUCUUAUACACGAAAAGCUCGGCAAUUACGAGCGGGCAUUGACAAAUUAUGAAAGAUCACAUGCUAUUUUGAAAAUUUCACUACCCCC